AUGGAGCCAUUUCAAAAGAAAAGACUAAUUCAGAAAUACAGGAAAAGACUAGGUAUGGAAAAUGCUAUAUCAAAUGUCAAUGGGAAAAUAUGGUUAUUCUUAGAUACAUCGGUGGAAUGGGAUUUAUUGGUUGAUACUGAGCAGCAGCUGACCAUCAAGGUGUAUCAUCAGGAUAUAGGUAACCACAUCAUGAUGACUUUUGUAUAUGAAAAAUGUUCAUCAUUGGAAAGAUUAGAACUGUGGGAUAACCUAUAUUAUCUUGCAAGUGACAUGGACUUGCCUUGGGUAGUCGGAGGAGAUUUUAAUGUGAUUCUUAGUGAAGAGGAGAAGAUAGGAGGACUGCCGGUACAUCCUCCAAAAUAUGAAGACUUUUCUUUUUGUGUUAACUCAUGCAGAUUGUUUGAUCUUAGAUAUGCAGGCAGUCCCUUCACUUGGUGGAAUAGGAGGACAAAUGCAAAGUGUAUCUUCAAAUGGUUGGACAUGAUAUUUGUUAAUCAACCUUUCCAAACUCUAUUUCCUAGCAUUGAGGUAGAAUAUUUGAUAAGAACUGGCUCAGAUCAUGCAUCUUUAUUGAUAAAUUGUGGAAAGUAUGCAACACAAUUUUUGAAGCCUUUCAGAUUCCUGAAAUUUUGGGCAAAGCACGAGAUAUUCAAAGAUGUAGUCAGACAGAACUGGUUUGCAGACUUCAUGGGAGAUCCAUUCCUGAUGUUCAAGCAAAAAUUAAAAAGAGUGAAGAUUGCACUAUCUAAAUUGAGUAAGCUCAUAUUUGAAGAUAUAUUUAAGCAGCUGGCAAUUAGAAAAGAUAUUGUUAGAAUCAAGGAGAUGCUAUUUGAGGAGGAACCAACAAUUGACAAUAGAAUUGUCCUCCAAAAAGCACAGGCAGAAUUGAAGAAAUACUUGAGCUUAGAGGAACACUACUGGAAACAAAAGGCAGCCAAGGCAGCUAUAGAAUUCUUCCAAAAACAGUUUAGUCAUAAAAGUGAUCCAUCAAACUUUGAUCUUCUGAAUAAUGUUCCUGCUAUGGUAUCUCUGGAUAAAAACAUGGAGCUAUGUAGGAUGCCAACUAUAGAUGAGUUUAAGGGAGCAGUCUUUGCUUUGAGUGAAGAUAGUGCAAGUGGACCUGUUGGUUUCACUGGAGUGUUUUAUCAAGAGUGCUGGGAUAUAGUAGGUGAAGACAUGGUUAACAUGCUGCAGAGUUUUUACAAUAGGGCCUCACUUCCAAAAUCCGUUACUCACACCAAUCUGGUACUAAUACCAAAGAAGAAGUUGGUUCAUACAUUCUCAGACUAA